UAAAAUAAAAAAUAAAAACUCUUGAGUUUUUGUGCAAUUUAGAAAAAUAUUCUAAUAAUUGAACUCUAUGCAAAAUAAAUCCUAUGCAAAAACUAUUAUUAUUACUAUUACUUAUCGGUAUUAUUAUUUUUACUUUGUAGUUUAUUCCUUUCUUGUGGAACUGAAAAUAAUUUUUGAGGUUCAUGAAUAUUUUAAAAUAUCCAUCUUUUAAGUUUUUAGAGAAUUAUCUACAUUACAGAAUUUUUUAAAAGCAAGGUGGACGAAAAUUUAGAUUUGUUAACGUUUUGAUCAAUAGAUGGCAGCAAAAACAUUAAAAACCUGUUCUUUUAUUCACUGGGCGUACUGGAUUGUUUUGUUUGUUGGUUGGGUUUUGGAAUUAUUCAACUCGAGUCGGAAUGAUGGGAUUCAAAUUACCAAAGCCGUUUGUCAUGCUCGAGUGAGCAAAGGAAAGCGAAGUAACAUGGGGUGGCUCCUGUAGUAGAAAAGAUUAGAAUAAAGAGUUUUGUGAUGUAUAACUUUUUUCUCCUAAGUGCUGAACGUGGAAUGUGAUAAUUACUUACCGAUUUCUUCUUACUUGUGAUAUAAGUGUUGCAUCAAAUUCGGAUUCCUCCUCAUAACAAUGGCCCAGAAUUCAGACAGACGACAAGAAGCAAAAAAUAUUUAUUCUAAUAUUCCUCCAAAGCACAGUGCACAUGAUAUGUUCUCGUCUGCAUCAAGUGAUGAUUCACAAUUAGGAUCUACAUAUGGUCGAAUCAUUCCCAAAUCCAGUGGACUGUCUAAGCAAGGAAAACAGUUUCGCUUACUGCUGUGGGGAUUCCAAUAAAUAUGCUCAUGGAAAUAUAUCUUUCCCAUGGGAUGCUACGCAAGCUGCUAACUCAUGUGGUGUUCCAGGUAUAAAAAAAAUUACUUCUAAAGAUUGCCUUGGAGCAGGUCAACAAAUUUUUUAUGCCAAAUGUGAACAGACAGUAAGUGAUUAUCAUGUUAGCAGUGAGGCACCCGUCCCUAUUCCCCCAAAGACUCAUCAAAGUGGGUUGAAUUUGUUUUAAAGAUCCAGAAGAUGUCCGAUCUGAGAUUAGAAGAGAUCCAGUAUAUCAAAACAUCAAAGAAGUUCAGUCUCCUGAAAACUCCAAUAAGCCAUCAAUCGCCAAUCAGAACUUGCCCUCUGCCAGUUUUGCCAAGCAAACUGCUCAUCAUAUUGAUUACAACACUCUCUUAAUGCCUGCUUCUUGCACAGUUGUUAACAGCCCUAUUUUAUGCUAACCUUCAUGAAGUGAAAAAUAGUAGUAAACCAGCUACCCUCUUUAAUAAGAAUAUUCCUAGUAGUUCAUUAAAAAUGUCUGACAUUCCAAAUGAUCCAGCUUCUUACACCCAUUCCACAGUUGCCAAUUCUUCCACCGGCACUCAUUUUGUUGGAUUCCAUGUCUCAGACAGUACUCCUGUGCAUAGUUAUGGGAAUGCUGUGCCAAAAGAACAAUGUGAUCAAGAGCCAAGUUAUUCCAAAAAUGUUGAAGAAGUAUCAAAAAAGCUUACAUGUUUAACUGUAAGCAAAGAAAAAAAGAAAGUUUCUUUUUCGGGCCCAGAUUUAAAGGAUUCCGAUGAAUCAGAUGAUGAUUGUUCUACUGAUGCCUAUCAAGGUUCUGGAAGUGUCACUCCUAAUAAAAGUACUGCAUCUGGUUCAUCAAGCAGUGUUUCAAAAACAGAUUUUCAAGCCAAAUACUUUGAAUUCUAAAACAUUCCUUCCGUACAAUAUUACACCACCUCGCUCGAAGGGACCAACAGAAGCAGAAAAGAAAAUUGAAGCUCUUAUGAGAGAAAUUGAAGAUGAAAUGGAAAAUAAUCCUCCUGAAACUGAAUAUUUCGGUGUAUGCCAUACUUGUGGGGAAAAGGUGUCUGGUGCUGGUCAAGCUUGUCAAGCAAUGGGAAAUCUUUAUCACACAAAUUGUUUCAUUUGCUGUUCCUGUGGUCGAGCUUUAAGAGGGAAGGCAUUUUAUAAUGUUCAUGGUAAAGUUUACUGUGAAGAAGACUAUUUGUAUUCUGGUUUUCAACAAACUGCUGAAAAAUGUGCUGUUUGUGGACAUUUAAUCAUGGAAAUGAUUCUGCAAGCUAUGGGAAGAUCAUAUCAUCCUGGAUGCUUCAGAUGUUGUGUGUGCAAUGAGUGCUUAGAUGGUGUCAGGUUUACUGUAGAUAUGGAUAAUAAGAUUUAUUGUGUAGAAGAUUAUCACACGAUAUAUGCUCCAAAGUGUGCUAUGUGUGGAAAAGCAAUCACGCCUGUUGAGGGAACAGAUGAAACAGUAAGAGUAGUGUCAAUGGAGAAGGACUUUCAUGUUGACUGCUAUAUUUGUGAAGAUUGUGGUUUGCAAUUGACUGAUGAGCCUGAUAAACGUUGCUAUCCACUUGAUGGGCGCCUUCUGUGUCGAGAUUGCCAUUUAAGCAGAUUAGAAUCACUUGGUAAAGGUUCAAAUAUUCAGAUGCAGAGGUCGUUGCAGAUAAGUGAUUUGUAAUGUGACAGUAAUGUAUCAUGCUUGAUAUAAAAGAAAAUGGUUAAUAACUGGUUGUUGCAAUCUAUUACAGCAAUUUUCAUUAAGUUUACCAAUGAAGGAAUUCAAUAUAAUUUUCUGUCUUUGAUAGUUGAUGCAAAGCAAAAAAUUGAGAACUAAGUGUAAUUUGUCAAUUUAUGACUUGAAACUUAUUUACUAAUUUAUUUAUUGAGUAAAAAUGCUAAUUUCCUUUGCUCUUUUAGGAUUAUACAAUGUGUAAAUGUUACUCUUACUUGAAACUUCAACAUUUUUGAGUUUCUAUAACUGUGCCUCCUUUGAUAGUUCUUUGUAAUUGAUUGAAUUAGAAAAAUUCAAUUUAUCAACAUUAAGCAGGAAACUUAAUGUAUUAAAAUUCAUUCCAUAAUUCAAAGAUCUAUCUGUACAAUAAAAUAAGUUUGUUUGAACUACCCCCUGAAACAUACAAUGCUUUUGAAUCUGACUUUAUUUACAUCCUUUUAGAAAUAACACUUUUUUUUUUCAAUAUCCAAAAUUAGGUUUGAUGCUUUGAUGUGCAGUUGCAUUUCUGAAUAUAAAAGUUGUUUUAUGUGCUCUGUUAAAUUCAAUGCUUUAAUUACGCUUUAAAUUAUGUGUAACAUUUUUCUAUGUGCAUUGCAUUAGUAUUAUAUUUACCAGAAAAUAUAUUUACUUAGUUUUUUCCAUUUGUUAUUUUUCUGAACUAUGGUAAUUUGCAUUUGAAAUGUUUUAUAUUUGCAUUAAUUACUUUAUUAAUUUUAAUAAAAAUAGUUGUAAUAUUGUUUGAAUAUACAGGGCUAGCAUAAAAAAAUAUCCCAGUUUAAAAAAUUUAUAUUUCAUAAACUAAAAUGAUGCAUAAAAAUUAGGAUAAAUAUUCAAAGUUUCUUUUCACUCAUAAAUGUUCAAUAUGUGAGCCUUUGGUAAAUGUGACGCACCUCUGACCUGUAUUCUGGUUUAUUCCAUACAUUUUGGAGUGUUUCACUGUCAAUUUUUCGUAAUGCCACACAAAUGCUGUCUUUCAGUUCUUGCGAUGUUGUAGGCAAUGGUGGUAAAUAAAGUCUUGGACAAAACCAAAUAAAAAAAUAAAUCACAUGAGCUAGCCAAUGCAUAAGGGGUAAAUCAGCAUCACGUGUACGGCCAAUCCAGCAUUGCGGAACAGCACAUUUAAGUAAUCACGUACGUUCUAAAAAAAUUUUCAUUUAUAGUGGGAAGUGUAAUAAUUUAUGAAAUAUAAAUUUUUAAAACCGUGAUUUUUUUUAUGCCAACUCUGUAUUUUGUUUGUACAGCAAACCUUUUAAUAUUUAGUACUAUGUCACUACUCAUUUAUAUUUUUUUUUCUUUCUAUUCAUGGUGUAUAAAUAGGAGCGGCCAGCAUGUCUGCCAUUAAAAGCAAAUUAUAUGUUAAGACUUUGUAAUGAUCUACCUUCGAAAUAUUGCAUUUACUGAUGAGAGGAUAGAUAGGAAAAAAUUCUUUUAAAAUCAUUGGUUUAUCAGUAUAUUUAUUAAAUAACAAGGACACAAAAAUUAUUUAUCUGCUGACAUGUUUAUAAAAAGAGGUAAAUCAAUGAGAAAUUAGACUUUUUCAGUAAUGUGUUAUAAUGUGGGGUAUAUGAAAUAAACAUCAUUCAUGGAAUCUUUAGUGCUCAAGUUUCAAGCAGGAUGUUCAUUCAUUGUUGUUUUUAACAAAAAAAAGAGUGCAUAUACAUAACUAAUAGGAUAGUUGCUCAAUCUCUCAGGCAAAUCGACUAGAAAUCAUUCCGCAAUCAACAUGUUGAACAUUAUUGAUCUAUAUGUCAACCUUGUGACAUAAUGACACUAAAACAAAUAAAUAGUUAUGUUUAAUUUUUAUUUUAUGUGAAAUAGGUGCAAUGAUUUUGAACUAUGGGGAAAAAAGGACAAAAAAGAAAUUUAUCUUUUUUUCCUUUGAGGGUAUUUACUGCAUAUAUCUUUUAUGUGUUUGUUUUAUUAUUGUUUUUUUUAUUAAACAUUUGCUGUUCACACAGUUACAUUUCAUUUUUAUAAUUAUGUUUGUUAACAUACUAAUUUAAAAAUGUAGGUAUGUUUUCAGUUAAAUGUGUGAUACAUUUUUGCUAUUUUUCGAAGUUGAUACUGUCAUUGGUGAUUCCUUUUGUCUGCUCCUUCUUUUAUCUCUUUUCUCUUUAAAUUGAUAUAAAAGGGAGUUUAUAUUUUGGUAAACAUUUGAAAAAUGUCAUUUAUUUUACUAUUUUGACUGCCUUCAGCAAUGGUUUCCUGGAAAGGUACUAGGCUGAAAGUUCCUGCAUGCCAGGUUGAAAUGAGUUUUAAUGGUCUAGCCGAGAUAUUACUUUACAAUUUAUUAACUUGGAUAGACAAUGACAGGCAACAAAUUAAAAAUAUCUGCCAGAUCUAUAUUGCAUAUUUUAGCUCUUCAUGUUCAUUUACGUUUUUUUAUUGUUAAAUAGAAGUCAUACUUUUUUACUUUUGUUUUGAAAUAGUUUUGAUGACAGUGUUAUAAAUAAUGCAAAAAAAAAAAAAAACAUAAAGCACAAUGGGCUGUCAAAUUAUUUCAACAUGUGCUGUUUUUCUUUUAAUGUUGCUUUUAAUACAUGAAAUACACUUCCAGCUCAGUCAUUCCAGCCGAGGACUGCAGUUUCGUGCUUAUUAGCACUCAUCAACCCGGCUUAGGAAUUGACUGAGCUGGAAAUGGAAAACCUCUUAAGGAAGCCAAGAGUGCCGAACAAACUGGUAGCUAAUAUAGAACUAGCACAGACCUCUUGGUUUCCUUAAGAGUUUUUCCACCUCCAGCUCAGUCAAUUCCUAAGCCUGGUUGAUGAGUGCUAAUAAGCAAGAAACUGCAGUCCUCCUCUGGAAUGACUGAGCUGGGGUGUAUUUCAUGUAUUUCUGCCUUAGCCCUGGCUAUAGGGCAAUAAUUUGUUGAAAAAAAAUUGCUUUUAAUGUUGUGAUUUUAUUGAAGAAUUUUUUACAAAUGAUUUACUUUACUUUCUUUUUUGUUGAGGUAUUUUUAAGAAGAGAACGUUUUUUGUUUGUCAAAUAAGAAAAAUGAUGUGUUAUUUGUGUUAUUGUUGUUAAAAGUAUGAAAAUUUUACCAAAAGUUAUUACUAUUAUUGCAGCUUUUUGAUUUAAAUAUAAAUAGCUAUUUUUAAUCCAGAAAGUUAUUUUGCAGAAGUAAAAUGUAUACAGUAUUUUUUUUUUUUUUUGUCUGUUAUGAUUUGCUUUUUUAUUUUUUAAUUUCAUUAAUACUUUGAGAACAUUUAUCGGUUUAGUGAGAAAACAUUUCUUUUUCUUCUAUAGAUUAUAUUCUAUUAUUUUGAAUUGUUGUGGUAAUUUUCAGAAAAAUUGAGUUUUCAUGCAUUUAUUUUAUUUUUUGUGUAUCCUCCUCAAACCCAAGACCAUUUUUUAAUGAUAAAGUUUAAAUGUUUUUGUUUUAAUUGAUUCCAAAGGCAUAAAUAAAGUACAGAAAAAAAAAUUUAUGUAUGAGGAAAUUGUCUCCCCUAGGAGCGACGCAAAAAUAGUACUGUUCUAAAUCAGAAGAUGGAAACUGGAAAAUAUCACAUGAAAAAACAAUAUUUAAGAAAAUCAGCUGUAUAUUUAAUUAUUUUCCACUAUAAAGAUAGUUAAAAACAGGGAUACGUUCCAAUGCACUUUUCUUUUUUACAGAAAAAGCUGUUUUCAUUUGUCAGUAGAGAAGCUAUGAAUAGAAAUCUGUCCAUGAAUUACCCUUUUUUCAGUGCUGUCAUCUACUGACAAGAAAAUUAACUAAUAUUUUGCAGCCCCAUUGACACAUUUUAUUUACCUUUUUUGUAAGUUCUUUAGUUUCUCCUACAGGCAACACUGGGACUGAGGAGGUUAAAACAAAAAUGCUUCAUUUACUACAUAAAUGGCAUCAGCAUAAUACCCUCAAAAAUGCAUAUUUUUUUACUUUUAGUUACACUUGCGUUACAUGUAUCUCAAUGUCAUAUGAAAUGAAUUUUCCCCUAUAACUAAACUGCCUUUUUUCUUUAGGUUCCUCCUUAUCUGUGCCAUUUAUGUAUUUAUAUAUAUAUAUAUUCGUUCAUAUAUAUAUUUAGCUUAAGCGUAAUCAACUUGUUUAUGUGCUGGACACAUUGGUGAUAACGUUUUGUUUUGUAUUAAUAGUUUAUAUGUAACAUGUAUUUACUAAUUUUUUUUUUAACUAGGAGAAGGAUUUAGUUUGUAAUUUGUUACUGUACUUAAUUUGUUUUCUAAAAUUAAAUAAAAAACUCAUUGAAA